CAAGGGUGGGGUAUAAAGCAUCCUAAGCAUCCAUGUCUGCAUCAGUACGGCUCCUCCAAGACCCACUUUCACUUUCUCGUCUCCUUGAGUCUCUGCAAGUCAGCUUUGAGUCAAAUAUCAUCAUGUCUGAAAUCCAGACUGCCAUGGCCCUCCUCAUCAGCAAUUUUGAAAAAUACGCUGGCAGGGAGGGGGAUAAACACACCCUGAACAAGGCAGAGCUGAAAGAGCUGCUUCAGAAUGAACUCGGAGAGAUGCUGGGGAAAGCCACUGACAAAGCAGCAGUGGACCGCAUCUUCAACGAGCUGGACUCGAACAAGGACAACAGUGUGGACUUUGAAGAGUUUGGCAAAAUGAUCUGCUGCCUCACUGUGAUGUGCCACGAGUACUUCAUUGGCAAAAAAUAGGGGUCCAAGCGCCACCUUGGGGCCAUCAUACAGAGCUGCCUUCCUGUUAACACAGCUGUUCCAAGGAAGGAAGAAGAAUAUUCGCUAUUAACUUAAAUACCAAAAAUUCACAAAAAUGCUUGUCGUUACGAUUUAUGACAAAAUAAACUUUUUUUGACUUGUU